GAGGGAGUUUCAAUCAAUAAUUGUUGCUGCUGCUGGAAAACCAGCACAUUCAUUCCUCAUCGCCGAAGUGCUUGCCGAUCAUUGUCGCCCAACUCACUUCUACAGCACAGCAAUCUAGUAGCAUUGCAAAACAAGUGCCUGAGUGAUUCAGAAGCUGGGUGGAUGUUAAUUGGAGACAGUGUAGGAAAAUGCAGCUCUUGAUUUCAUGUUUUUUUGAGCCUUCCAUAACCUGCAGUGACUUGCAUCUUGGCUGUUGUGAAGCUGCAUGCAUGGAGUGAGAAUAAUUUUGAGCGGCUGGAGAUAGCGAAGUGGGUUGCUUCGGGUUUGGCACGAGGGAGGAGACGGAAGACGAGGGAGGCAUCAGGUGAAACGGUGUUGAGUGCUUGGUUGUGCCGUGAGGACGAGGUUGCUGCUCUUGCAUACGUGAGUCGGAAGAGUUGUGUGCUGCGCAUAAACCUACACCAUGGCGAGGUUCUCAUGGCCGGUAUUGGGCGUAGCGUUGAUUCUCGACAUCACUGCUUUUGGGCUUGCCUUGGGCGCCAUGGCUAAGCGCAGUAAGGCAAAACCAACUGAUGCUGUUCCUGGGUACCUCACUUGUGAGUACACGAAAGACACAGCUACUGGUCUAGCAGCCUUGGCUCUUGUCUUUCUCUUCUUUGGUCAUGUGCUAGUCACUGUCGUUACUAGCUGCAUGUGCUUUGGAAAAGCUGUUUACAACGCUGGCUUUUCACGAGUUUGUGCAAUUUUCCUCUUUAUAUUCUCCUGGCUUACUUUCAUCGUUUCUGAGAUAAUUCUACUCUACGGUGCAGUUGUGAACAAUAUCCGAACAAAAGGUCAAGUCGACAUUGGAGUUGUGGGUGAAAAUGAGAAUUACUGUAGGCAAAUGAAGAAGGCCAUCUUUGCUGCAGGGGCCGCCUUCACAUUCUUGACAAUGGUGUUCAGUCUGUUAUACUACGUCUUCCAAGCUAAGGCUGAAAGCAAAGACAACAAAUUGCGAUCGUAUCGAGGAGGAGACGAUCGCUACGGUGAGCACAACGGCCCGUCUAUUAAUAUGACAGCUUACAACUAGAGCGCCUCAUUUGUUUAUUUUUCUUUUUAGUCUAGACAUGGUACGCUCUACGAAGUAAUUUUUUUUCAGGAAGUUGUUAGAGUAUUCAUUUGCAGCCAGAUUUCAAGUCUGUCCAAAAGGUUUUCAGCCUGUUAGAAGAGUGCCCAACCACAUGAAGAAGAUGCAUGGAGAAACUGCACAGUAUUUUACACAGAAUGUUUAGUAUUUUUCAUUCCAGGUUUGCAUUUAGUUCCAAAAGUGUCCGGUGACAACAUGGUGCCAAAUUACCCAUGAACAUGCGUUAUCUGAUUUAUGCUAGCACGUAAUAUAAUGCCCAAGAGGAUAAUACA